AUGACAACUGAUUGGCGUACGACAAUUGGGCCACAAUUUUCUUUAUUGUCGGAUCUUUGCCAACUGGCUAAUAACACGAUAUAUGAUUCUGUUCAUCGGUUUCUUCUGCAAUCAUUUGUCGCUUCAACUGUCUUAAGUGAAGACAAUUUAAAUACACAACUAAAUGCAACUUUCAAUCAACUUUUUCGAUCGACAAUUGUCAAUUUUGGAUUUCUCGUCGACAUAGUACAACUUCUUAUGCAAGUUGAUCAACCUUUUAUGGGAUCAGUACAAUCUGGUUUAAGUGGAUUUGCUCCAAGCUUAGGUGCAAAUAUAACAGGGAAUGGAAUGCUAAUAAACUUACCAAUACAGAUAACAUUUCUUUUGACCGGACCUGUUGAUAUCAAUACGAGCAACAUCAACUGUAUUUGCGCGACAAAUUCUCAAUGUAAAGAUCCAGUCUCUAUCUACUUUAAUGAAUAUAUUGACGCUGAUUAUUUCGAACCUGAAAUCACUUAUGUAGUUCCAGGAUCGAGAGUUGGCUGCUCCCCUAUUGAUUCUCUUCAACUUUCGACGCUUCAAUGUUUCUAUUCUGAUUCGGAUUGUUUUCCAGUUGUAAUGAGUUUCAUCCAACAAACGUAUAUUGACGCUGUUUCAGAUCCAUUGUGGUUUGAUCCACGUCCACUCAUUUAUGACCCGACAUCGAGUCGUUUUCCUCCAAAUACCUCAAUUGAAAUAAUCGUUAAAGACAUUAUGAUCGAACAAUGGAAUCCAUCUACUUCAUAUGAACGUUUUUAUGAAUUAUGUGCACCAAAUUAUUGUACUUAUUCUCAAAAAGGCCAAAGGAGAGCCAUCUUUGAGGUAGCAGUAACAUUGGUGUCGUUAAUUGGUGGUCUUAUUGUCUCCUUACGUGUCAUUACACCUCAACUUGUAAAGUGUUUAAUUGGCUUAUUAGGAAUUAUUAACAAAAGACACCAACAACAAGAACAACAACGAGGUAGUUGUUGA